GCGAUCGCCGCCAAGUGAGGUAACCUUGCGCGCGAUUUUCGUCGUAGUCUCCAUCGAGUUUCCCGCUUUUUCGAUUGUCAAAAUAUUUGAAAACUUUUUCUGGAAUAGUGUGAUUUUGUGUAACAAUGACGAGGUUUUGUGCUAACGUUUCGUGAUGUAAAACACAUUGUGUUUGGGUUUUUGUGUUGGUAGUAAUAGUAACAAGUGGAUUUACAAGUUCACCGGCAGUUUUAUUUUCACCUGUGACGCUGACUGGAGCAUAGAGUUUUGGCCAAAGGAGUCUUUACUAUGUUCAAGGAUAACUCUACGUACCUUGUGGAAUAGAAGCUGAUCACGAACAGAGCUAAUUGUUCGCGUCAAAAAUGCGGGCAACACUCACACUCCUGGUCAUCUACUUCCACGUGCUGCUUUCCAGUGGAAGUGACAAUGAUCAGCGGUGGUUCGUCUCCUUAGUGGAUUUAGUGGAGUUGGACUAUGAAGACCACUGCGAACAAAGAGCUUCAGCUUACUGGGACGAGCUGAUGGGCAGCAGUAAGGGAUUGUCUAUGAAGUUGGAAAGAGACAAAGCAUUCGGAAUCUUCGGUCGGUCGCAGACGACAGACAUCAGGAGUGCUCUGUCCAGCUACACAUACACCCAGGAGGACGAGAUACUCAGGAGAAAGGUCAAACUGCUUCUACAACCUGGUGAUACAUUGUUGAAAACUGAGCAAUGGAUCAGGCUCGUUACUUUCGGAGAUACAGCUAUGAACAAAAUAAGGUUCGCCACCAAUUACGACUGCGGCACUACCACAAAUUGUACGUUGAGAGAACUACACAAUAGCCUCGCAAGACAACACGAUGAAGAAACGGUUCGUCGGAUGAAAGAGUCCUGGGAGAAGAACCUCCCCGACCUGAAUGACUACUUGGAUAAUAUCUUGCCGCUGCUGAGGAAUUCUUCAAACGAAACCAAUUUCAACUCCGUGGAGGAAUAUUGGGAUUUUCUUGGAGAAUAUGAGGGUGCAACCCUUAAAGCUCGUGAACUGUGGGAUCACAUUAAACCCCUUUACGUAAAGUUGCACAAGUACGUCACACUGAAAUUGAAAGGACCUGAUGAAGUCGGAAAACCUUUACCUGUACACUUGCUAAAAUCCUUAACUGGAGACGAUUGGUCAAAUCUAAUAGAAAAUUUAUUGCCUAAACACCCUGAUAUUUACCAGAAAGUUUUGGCAAAUCUACAACUGAAGGAGCUUGGUGGAUUAAAAGCUUUCAAAGAAGCGUCUAAACUGAUACAAGAGCUCAGUUUUGGCGAACUAGAACCUCAAAUAUGGGAGGAGUCAGUGUUCAACGGCUCGUGUCCCACAAUAUUGGUAGAUUGGUGCAAGCCCAACAAAGUUCGAGCUGUAUCGUGCAAAGACGUUAGCAUAGGAAAUUACAUAGACGCUCACGAAGCCGCCAUGAAGAUUAAAUAUAAACAAACCACGGCUCUGCAUAGUAAUAAUACUUACCUCUUACGAGAAGCAGCACGUUACUCAGCGGUCUACGAAGCUAUUCCUGGGUUUACGUCUUUAUUGGCAUUAAACCCUCACGCGUUGGAUAGAGCAGGGCUCUAUCAAUUAGACAGAUUCAAUUUUAACCCAAACCAUCAUCGGCUUGUGUUACAGCUGAUUGUGGCGUUAAGGGAUUUACCAAAAUUGAACUACUUUUUAGCCGCAGAUGAAUGGCGACUAAAAGUUUUAAUGGGGACGAUCCCACAAUCAAAAAUAGCUACCAGUUGGAGCGAGUUUCGUAAAAACUUUUCUCUCAUUGAAACAUCUAACGUGGACAUUUUAGGAGACUCUUAUGUUCUUCUUAACAAGCCUUAUAUUGGAAAAUUCUUGGGCGUCAUUUUGAAGUACCAAAUCUAUCAAUCAUUUGCUGAAGAACUAGCAUCAGACGAGUCAGAUUUAGUGAAACAUGUUGCUGAUAGUAACAGUCGAAUAACUGAUGCAAUGAUGCAAGGUUUCGGAGUCAUUUGGCCGGAAAUGGUUAGCGAUUUGUUAGCGAAAAGAGAAAAUGGACUUGAGUAUACCGGACUUACGGAUUACUACAGACUUCUAGAUGAAUAUUUAGAUAACCAACUAGAACCAUCAGAAAAUAAUGAAAUUGAUGACUACAUAGAACCAGUUAUUCCUGAACCAGAAGAAAAUGAAAUACCAGCGGCUCAGGAGAAACCAGAAGAAAGUUUCAACCAACCUCAAACGCAUGAAAAUAUUUUAGAUAACAUAAUUGAAACUGGUGAGGAGUCACAUUCCAAGUUUGAAACUUCAACAGUGGCCGUUAUGGAAAUAAAGAACGCGCCUGGGGACCAAAAGGAAGACGAAAGUAGAAAAGAGGCGUCGUACAGUACUUACUGGUGGAUAGGAAUAGCUGUCGCUGUGGCAGUUAUUGUGAUACUAAUAGCAAUAAUAGCAAGAAAACGUCACAGCCACAGAAAACAACUGGAGAAACAGAGAAGAGACCAUUCACGUGCCUGAUUUGAGGAGUAUCGGUUCUAGAAGUGGAACCGAUACUUUCAAAGUCAAGACUUUAGUGAAAUUGUGCCAAUAUGGGUGUAUCGAACGUACUACAGUGUUCAAAGUGUAAUCGUUGAGUGUAUUGUGUUUUAAGUUUCUGUAACCUGCUUGUUCGUUACUUUAGGAACUUUAGCUUUCUUUAGCUGUGUUUACAUUUUAGGCUAGAUCAUUAUUUAUUCUAUUUACUCUGAGGUGCUGCAUCGUACUGAAUUCUAUCACAAAAAUGCAUUUAUUUCUGUCUCUUUAUACGAUCUUCUGAAUGUGUAUACAAUUUAGCCAUUUCUUUGCUAAUAUAAAAUAAUAAGACCUAGAUAGUAAAGAUGAAAUAAAUAUUUUUGUACAUAUCACAAUUUGCAAGAUAGUUUUAAAAGAUUGUUACCAAGAGUGUCUAUAAAUAAAAUGUAAAAUAGUUAGAUGUAAUUUCGCUGUGCCUUAAGCGUCUCAAUUUCUAAUAAGUAAGAUGCAUAAAAUAAUAUUAAGAACGAUCAUAUUUGUAAAAAUGAAUUGUAAUUUUGUAAAAACUCUAUUUAUUCAACUGUAUCGAAAUUCAGACCAAAAUCUACGUCUUUUUAGUUAUGUAUUUUUCUUCUUAAACUUUUAUUCUUUUACUUUGUAUUCUGCUGUUCUUCUUGGAAGGUCACAUAGUUUUGCUGUUUUAAACAUUUAAGUAUCUGUAUGAGUAUCGAAUUCGAAUAGUUGGUAUAAUAAUUCUUUAAUAUUGAAAUGAAACAGAUUACUGAUUUGUUUAAAUGAAAAUUGGCUACGUAUGAAAGUAACAGUGGUCGUAAAUUAAUAAUUAUUUAACAGAAAAAGAAGUUGAAACAGUAUAUUGUACCAAUCUAGUACCCAAUUCUAGAAGCAAAACAUAUUUUUGUUAAGCAAAAGCGAUCAAUGUAAAAACAGGGCAAUAAUAAUAAAAGAUGUUCAAAAAUAUGAAGGUAUUCGUUUUAACACCCUGUCGCAGUAACAAGAGGGCUUUGUUUCAAUUUGCCAAGUACUGCGACAUGGUUCUAAAAUACUAUUAUAAGACGCGCCCGUACCUACCUCAACUAUUAUCCAUAAAGCAGCGUCCACAAGAACGGCAGAAUCAUCAUUUCGGAAUACUUAAUCGUAUAUUAUAAUUUGAUAUCAUUUUAAUUAGAAAACAAGCUUUACUCUCAGUAAAGCAUUAGGUAAUAUUGUGUCAGAAUCGAAAACGGAAUAAUAAAUGUUUUGAACAUAAA